UCGGUCUCGGACGCUCUCGAAACACAGCAUGAGGAUAUGAUUCAUGAUGCUGAGUUAGACUAUUAUGGUAAACGUUUAGCUACUUGUUCGUCAGAUAAAACUAUCAGAAUUUUUGAAAUCGAUGGAGAAACCAAAAGACUUGUCGAAACUCUCAAGGGACACGAAGGACCAGUAUGGCAAAUUGCUUGGGGGCACCCUCGAUUUGGGAACAUACUAGCUUCAUGCUCAUACGAUUGCAAAGUUAUAAUUUGGAAAGAGCAGCAAGGAAGUUGGACAAAGAUUAAGGAAUAUGAUGAAGUACAUACUGCAUCUGUGAAUUCAGUUGCUUGGGCACCUGAAGAGUUUGGUCCCAUUCUUGCCUGUGCUUCGUCCGAUGGAAAGGUAUCCGUACUUACUUUCAAAGACGAUGGUACGAUGCAAUAUGUUCCUUUUGAGGCUCAUCAGAUCGGAGCCACUUCAGUUUCAUGGGCACCAUGUACAGUACCUGGUUCACUUGUUCAAACAACUGGAGGAGCGUCUAACGCGAACACGUUAAAGAGGAUUGCAACUGGGGGAUGUGACAAUCAUAUUAAAAUUUGGGUUUGGAGGGAACAAGAAAAUAGUUGGAAAUUAGAAGAUACCCUUGAAGGACAUACAGAUUGGAUACGCGACGUUGCGUGGGCCCCCAAUAUUGGUCUUCCGAAGAGCUAUUUGGCUAGUUGUUCUCAGGAUAAGCAUGUAUUUAUCUGGACUCAAGAGAGUCCGAACUCAGAAUGGACAAAGAAGGCUUUGCGAGAAGAUCGUUUCAAUGAUGUGGUUUGGCGUGUCAGUUGGUCACUAUCGGGCAAUAUUUUAGCAGUGUCUUGCGGAGAUAACACAGUGACGCUCUGGAAGGAGAAUUUAGCUGGCGAGUGGGAGAUGCUAAGCGAAUUCGCAGAUCAAUAA